UUUGGGGAGCUUGAAAAGAAAAUGGGAUGCAUUUAUACGUAAGUCCCCUCUUGACAUAGUAUUACAUAACUUCUCUACAUAAAGCCCAGCGAGGAUUGAGCUAUACGCAACUUUCUUUUCUCCCAUUUUCUACUCUCUUUCAAGCUGUUCUUUCUCUGUCCUUUAAUUUCGAGGUACUAAAAAGUCCAAAAUAUCAUGGGAGAUAUAUUGAACCAAGAACAAAUUGUUGAAUUGCAAGAAGCUUUCAGUCUAUUUGACAGAGAUGGAGAUGGUUGCAUUACAGUCGAAGAAUUAGCGACAGUAAUAAGGUCACUAGAUCAAAAUCCAACAAAGGAAGAGCUGCAGGAUAUGAUCACUGAAGUUGAUUCAGAUGGGAAUGGAACCAUUGAAUUCACUGAAUUCCUGAACCUUAUGGCCAAGAAAAUGAAGGACACUGAUGCUGAGGAAGAACUUAAAGAGGCUUUCAAGGUGUUCGACAAAGAUCAAAAUGGUUAUAUAUCUGCUAACGAGCUGAGGCAUGUAAUGAUCAAUUUAGGGGAGAAACUAACAGAUGAAGAGGUCGAGCAGAUGAUUAAAGAAGCAGAUUUGGAUGGUGAUGGUCAAGUCAACUUUGAUGAAUUUGUGAAAAUGAUGAUUAACGUCGGAUAG